AUGAACAAUAACUUUAAUUUUGAAGAAGAAAGAGAUGAAUUUAUUAAAUUAUUUCCAAUUAUUAAACAAGAUAUUAUAAAUGAAUUUCCAAAAAUGAAAUUACCAAAUCAUAUUGUAGAUUAUAUAACAACAUUUUUAAAUUCACCAAUUAUUAUAGGUGGUAAGAUGAUAAGAGGUCUUGGGUUUAUUUAUUCUUUUAAUACCUUAAUAUCAAAAAAUAAAAAUAACAAUUAUAAUGAUAAAGAAAUAACAAUAUCAACAUCAAAACAUGAAGCAAGAGUUAUUGGGUGGUGUUUAGAAUUUUUAUCAUUUUUCCUUGUUACUGAUGAUAUUAUGGAUAAUGGUUUAACAAGAAGAGGUGAGCCAUGUUGGUAUCGUAACCCAAGCCCAUUUAAUCCAUCAGAAUAUAAAGUUGGUUUGUUGGCUAUAAAUGAUUCUGUAUUAAUUGAAUCAUUUUUAUUUUUUCUAUUAAAAAAAUAUUUUAAACAUAAAUCAUAUUAUGUUGAUGUUUUAGAAUUAUUCCGUGAAUGUAUUUUUUAUACUGCAACCGGCCAACUAUUAGAUACUUCAUCCCUUCAUCAAAAAAGAGGUGAUUUUUCAAAUUUUAAUUUUGAAAACUAUUCAAAAAUUUGUAUAUAUAAAUCAUCAUAUUCAAUGUUUUACUCACAAAUUAAAUUAGCAAUUUUAUUAUCAGGAGGAAAAAUUAUAGUUGAUGAUGAACAAGAAAAAACAAUCGAAGAGGAAUUAAUAAGAGAUAUUUCUUAUGAGUUGGGUAUUUAUGGUCAAACACAAGAUGAUUAUUUAGAUUGCUAUGCUGAAAAAGAGGUUUUGGGUAAAGUUGGAACUGAUAUUCAAGAGAAUAAAUGUUGUUGGUUAAUUUGCAAAGCAAUUACACUAUCGAAUGAUGAUCAAUUAAACAAAUUAAAAAAGCAUUAUGGUUUGAAUAACAGUUUGGAUGUUUCAAUUGUAAAGUCUAUUUAUAAUGAAAUAAAUUUACCUCAUCAUUAUCAAAUACAUGAAAUUGAUAAAUUUAACUUUAUUUCUGAUAAAAUUAAAAAAUUAUCUGAAAUUUCUCCACAAAAAUCUGAAAUAUUUUUACAUUUACUUAAAAGACUAUUUAAAAGAAUAAAAUAA